CAUAAUUGACGUCACUAGCUGAACUAGCGCAACCGUAUUGUUGGGAGUCUACUUGACAGAUGUCUUUAAUGUUUUUAUAAUCUAAACCCAAAAUGUCUACAGAUAGAAUGGUACACUGGAAAGACAUUUUGAAAAGGAGACUGGCAACUGCCAAGAAGGAUGAGAGGACUGAAGAGGAGAAGAAGACAGAGGAAACGGCAUUAUUCACUAAGUACUACACGGAAUGGAAGGGAGGAGGCAGCAAGGAGAGUUCCUACAGAAACAUACCGCGAUUUUACUACAGGCUUCCGGCAGAAGACGAGGUGUUGCUACAGAAGUUGAGGGAGGAGAGCAGAGCUGUGUUUCUGCAGAGGAAGAGCAGGGAGCUACUCGACAAUGAGGAGUUACAGAAUCUGUGGUUCCUGCUGGACAAGCACCAGGUUCCACCACUGUCUGGAGAGGAGGCCAUGAUCAGCUAUGACUGUUACCUGAAGGUUGGGGAGAUUGCCGGGGAGAAGUGCAAGCAGUUCUUCACAGCCAGAGUUUAUGCCAAGCUGCUCCACAACGACCCGUACGGACGCAUCUCCAUCAUGCAGUUCUUUAACUAUGUCAUGAGGAAAGUGUGGCUGCACCAGACAAGAAUAGGGCUGAGUUUGUACGACGUGGCAGGACAGGGCUACCUGCGAGAGUCUGACCUGGAAAACUACAUUUUGGAGUUGAUUCCCACACUGCCCCAGCUAGACGGCCUGGAGAAGUCUUUUUACUCUUUCUAUGUAUGCACCGCCGUACGCAAGUUCUUCUUCUUCCUCGACCCACUGAGGACCGGAAAGAUUAAGAUCCAGGACAUUUUAGCCUGCAGUUUUCUGGAUGACCUUCUGGAGUUAAGAGAUGAGGAGCUGUCAAAGGAGAGCCAGGAAUCUAACUGGUUCUCAGCCCCUUCUGCCCUGAGGGUUUAUGGACAGUACUUAAACCUGGACAAGGACCAUAACGGCAUGUUGAGUAAGGAAGAGCUGUCUCGCUACGGUACAGGCACGCUGACCGGUGUCUUCCUAGAUCGGGUAUACCAGGAGUGCCUCACAUAUGAUGGAGAAAUGGACUAUAAAACGUACCUGGACUUUGUUCUGGCUCUGGAGAACAGGAAGGAGCCGGCUGCGCUGCAGUACAUCUUCAAGCUGCUGGAUAUGGAGAACAAAGGCUACCUCAAUGUUUUUGCUCUCAACUACUUCUUUAGGGCCAUCCAGGAGCAGAUGAAGAUACAUGCUCAGGAACCUGUGACAUUCCAGGACGUCAAGGAUGAGAUAUUUGACAUGGUGAAACCCAGGGAUCCGUACAAGAUCACCCUGCAGGACCUGGUGAGCAGCAGCCAGGGAGACACCGUCACUAGCAUCCUCAUAGACCUCAACGGCUUCUGGACCUACGAGAACAGGGAGGUGCUGGUCGUCAAUGACAGCGACAGCAACAACUCUGACAUGGACGAGACUUGAUAUCAAUAACGCCCGACUGCAAGGGCCUGAUCUAAACCAGGAAGAGGACGUGCAAGGGCCUAUUCUGAACCAGGAAGAGGACGUGCAAGGGCCUAUUCUGAACCAGGAAGAGGACGUGCAAGGGCCUAUUCUGAACCAGGAAGAGGAUGUGUUACGGGAGACCAUUCCUCUCCACCCUCUCUUGUUGCUGCAGAGGGAAUAUAGAGACUUUGCAACACAGUUUGAUUAAAUGUCUUUAUGUACAGUAUAUAUAUAUAUACACUCAUCUCACAUAUUUUAUACCAAUGUUGUAAUAAAAAUCAUUUCUACCAAUAGAAAAGGUAUUUUGCAAUCCCUGUGAUACAUUUCUAUAUUUUUUUUGCAUUGAUCUGACUUCCCUAUAUUUUUUUGCAUUGAUCUGACUUCCCUAAGUAGGUAGAGGAAUCAUACAGAGUAUAUCGAUAACAGUACUUUUACAAGCCCAGACAACAGGACUACAGUGUCCUGGUUCAUCUAUCCAUUAACAUCAAUUCACAAGUAAAGUACAGGGGUUCUAGGUUAUCCCUAGCUCUGCUAACUCUGCUGCAUGACUCACCUUUCCAUUAGGACAUAUGGUGCUUGAGGAAAAGAUUCUCCUUUAUAAUUCAGUAACAUCGCAUAGUACUAUCUUUUUGAAAUGCCACCAAUAUCUCAAGUAUAUGCAGAGGAUUUUCACAAGGCCACAUACAGUAUUCCAUAUCUGACAACUGUUUACCCUUGAAGAAAAUACAUUGUCACGUACCUAAAUAAAAUAAAUUGGUAUUUUUCUAAAUCAGCAACUUAUUAGCAUCAAAGGACCAUCCACUGUGCUCAUUCACUGGCAAUUACUAGUUCCAUUGACACAGUGAUGUUCAUUGCACGCGCGCACACACACAUAUAUAUACACAAAUAGCUACAUUCAUGUUUUUGUGAUAAUUCAGCAACUAAAAAUAGCUGUUAUUUUGCAUACAUCUGCAUACUUGCAUCAUAUCUUCAUGGAUGUAACCAUAAAAAAUAGGAAUAUAAUUAGUAAGCCAUUUUAGGAAAAAAUAAAAA